UGAGAAACCUCUUGAAGCACAAGGAUAGAUAAGGUUUGCUCAGCUGCUUUUCAUUUCAAAAACUUCUCCCUUGGUCUCUCACCACUCUUUCCCAACAAGUCCAAUAUGCAGCUGCAGAUGAUGCACAUGAGACUCCUCUGUCCGAGUCCAGACCGCCUGGUCUCGACUCUGGUUCGGACCAACUACACUUUAUUCUCCGCAUCCAAGCGAAAAUUGUCCACAUCACGCAACAUAACAGCCAUGGCCAAAAAUGACACCAGCUCCGAAGACGAACUUGGCAUCGCUGAGAAAGCUGGCAUAGCAGCCGGACUCGUAUCGAACCCGGUCAUUGCAUGGUCUCUCUUCACUCUCAAAACCACUGGCUGCGGUCUGCCACCCGGGCCAGGAGGCUCCAUUGGUGCACUGGAGGGAGUGAGCUACCUGGCUGUGGUGGGAAUCAUAGGCUGGUCAUUGUACACCAAGUCCAAGACAGGAUCGGGUCUGCCGAGCGGACCGUUUGGUCUGCUAGGUGCUGUAGAAGGACUGUCUUAUUUGUCGUUGUUAGGUAUUAUAGUUGUUUUUGGAUUGCAGUUUGUUCAGCAAGGCUCCAUUCCUGGACCGCUUCCUACUGAACAAUGCUUUGGCUAGUUGAAUUGCCUCUCUGAUUACACCUUAUCUUAAAUUCUUGUCUCUCAUAUUACAGUUUCUUUUCGAGUCGGCUCGGGCUAGCUGUUGUAUGUAAAAUUUAUGAGUUCCUGCUGCUGAUUUAAAUUAAGUGCAAAGUUUAAUUAAAAUUAUUUAAUCAA